AUGCGAUUAACUGCGAUCCUCUCGAUUAUUCUCUUUGGGAGCACCAGGCACAUCUGGUGCGGACCGUAUGACGACGUGGACGGCUACAAGGCUAUGAUACUUGCGUACCGGGACAACAGGGUGUUAUUAUCAUAUCCAGACAAUGCCCUACCCAAGAACAAAGGUGGUAAUGGCAAAAUGCUUUGUUUCCCACGCGGGAAGCCCAAAGAGAUGGACGAGGGUGACACGCGCCAGACUGCUCAGCGUGAAUUGAAAGAAGAAACGGGUUAUGAAUUAGAGUUAGAUGAGUUCGAAUAUAUAAUGGAGGUGGAUGAUCGCACUAAAUUGUUUGUGGCAAAAAUUCCAUCUAAUGCAAAGGCAGUGCAGGGUGCAGAUACUCAUAACCGCAAUAAUGUGUGGGUAGACCCGUUGGAAGUGGCUGGAUGUAUUAAAAAUAGACAAGAUUCAAUGGCGGCCUGGCAUUCUGAAUGUUAUAGAUUUCAGGGUGUUGAAGACUUCUAG